GUUUACCAGUCUGUCAGGUUACCGCCUGCACACGUACGUCCUACGUACUCGACUCGUCCACAUGGAUAAUAAAUGUACCCGAUGCAUGAUGAACACAUGUCGUGCAUGUGCUGAGGCAGCGUCAGGUUUCGCCCAUUGCGCUUAAAACUUUUGUUACGUUUUGCUGUUAAAAGCGAACAAAUAUAUCAUGGAAGAGGAACCUGAAGACUUGUCAUCUCUCCACUAUCAAAUACUAUUCCCCCCUCGUGAGCCUAGUCACCAGAGGAGGGAGUAUGAGUUGGAGCAGCACAUUGCUCUCAUGGAUGAGCCUGCGCAAGUUCCACCAAGGAAAGCAUUGGACAUGGAAGAUUUUAACUUAACCAUUGAGCAUCUUACAAGUCGUGACAAACAUGAGACUGAGGAAAGAUUCUUAUUGAUGGAGGAGGAACAGAAAUGUGAAAAAGAUAUGUUGGAUAUUGGGUACUCUUUUAUUUUUCUAGGUAUUGAAGCCAAUGACCUCGGCAGUCUGUUACAGAAAUUUGAGCAGACAGAGGCUACAGUCUUGACUAACUCUGCGGAGGGAGGGGAGAAUUCCCAAAUCAAGUCAAAGUCAAGUAGACUUCAAGAUCCAAGGAACCUUGCCAAGAAGAUAUCUCCAGUCAAGCGGAAAUCUACUAUCCUCCUAGAGCCUUUAGCCAUGCCAAGCAAACGUCUCCGAGCUAAGGACACCAAUCUAUUGACAACAGAACGAGAUUGUGUUAGUCUACCCGGUAGCAGAACCUCUAGUCCAGGUACAGUCCAGCAUGAAGGAUUAUCGGUCAUCUGCAGUGCUGAUCAAGGCUUUGAUUAUCUAGUCAUGGACCAUGAUUACUGCAGCAUUAGUAAUGGGCAGAAUGUGAACCCAUCCAACUCAGUAUCAUCAAGCCCCCUCAAUGACUCUAGUAACUUAUCAGUUGAAGAGAGGAAAGCUGUUUAUAAACAAAAAUAUAAAAUCAGGAAGAAAGGGAAGAAGGUGGGAAGAGCUUCUGGAGGGAGGCGUUCUGACAAGUCAAAUGAUGGAGUCGUAGAGCCAGUGCAUCUGAUGAAUAAAUUACCUGAGUACAUCCAGCCAUUAUCUGAGUUAACUGUACCUGCAAAAACUUGCCAAACAGGAAAGUUGUCAGAGGAAAAGAAGACAGAUAUUGUGGAUGAUAAUUCCAUGGAAGAACAAAACUGUCAAGGCAAUGAUACAAAGCCUGCGUUCUUUGACAAGAUUCCUGAUUACUUUUUGGGGAAGCACAUGUAUCAGGAGAUUAGCAAGGUUGAGGAGGAGGAAGCAAGAAAGAAAGAAGAGGAAAUGACUCAACUGAAAGAAAAGGACGAAACGGAGAAAUUAAAGCAAACAGAGGAUAAUUUGAAGGAACACAGACGCCAUCGACACAGGUCACGGCAUCAUGGGAGACAUCGAGGAAGAAAUGAAAGAAAGAUUGCUAACAGUGUGGAUGACACAGAAAAAGAUGUGAACAGAGAGAAAACUGUGAAUGCUGUUACUGUUCAAGUAAUUGAAUCCAGUGGAGGAAACAAUGAAGAUGUUAAAGAAAACCGACAAUGUGGUGAGGACUCUCACAGUCCUGCCAAUGAGCAAGAAGGGAUAUCAAAUGGUUAUGAGUACAGGAAGACUAGUUACUCGGAACGACAUUCUCGUUGCCGCUCACAUUCUGCCCGGUCUUCUCUUUCAAGGUCAAGUUCAAGAUCUUCAUCAAGGGGUCGUUCCCUUUCAUCAUACUCAUCAUGCUCAUCUUUCUCGAGGACAAGACGUCGAAGAGAUUCAAGACAUUCUUACACUUUGUCAUCCUCAUCCUCGCGAUCCCGAUCACGUUCUUGUUCACGUUCAUUCAAACGUCAUCGACGUCGGAGAUACUCAACCUACUCUUCAGCUUCACGAUCCUCAUCAUCCUCAAGAUCCCGUUCAAGGUCACACUCAAGAUCCAGGCAUUGGCGACCCAGGUCACGAUCAACAUCAUCCUCAAUGUCUAGGAGGAGGUCAAGGUCAGGGUCAUAUGAUUCUGUGAGAUCACAUUCUUGCGAGUCGGAUAGACGAUGGAGAAGUUCUAGCCGCAGUCACCGACGACGUCAUAGCCGAUCUCGUAGCCGGAGAAGAAUGCGAAGUGUCAGCAUUGAGCGCAGUGAAAAAAGAAAAAGGGAAGAGAGGAUGAAAGAACAGCAAGAACAGUGGGCUGAUCGCCGAGUUGUUUAUAUUGGACGCAUUCCUUAUGGGACCACUCGCAACACACUGAGGAAGAGGUUUGGAAAAUUUGGUGAAAUUGAGCGGAUAACGCUGCAUUUCAGAGAUGUUGGGGAUAAUUAUGCCUUUGUGACUUACGUGUACAAGUGUGAUGCCUAUGCAGCUGUUGAAGGGGCAAACAAAGAUUAUAAUGAACCAGAGUAUGACAUCUGCUUUGGUGGUCGUCGGCAAUUCUGUAAGGCAGAUUAUGAAGACCUUGAUUCAAUGGGACAGGAAGAGAUGGCACUCGAGUUUGGUUACAAGAAGAAUCCAUCUACCAAUCAAAGUGAAGAUAAAAUGGAAACAGAAUUUGAUCGCCUUUUGCGAGAAGCUAUGAAGAAGAGUAAAAGGUGACGGAUUGCAAGAUGUUACUUGAAGGGUGUGGUAAGGGGGCGUGGCUAGGAGCCAAUAAAAUCUAUUUUGAGAAUACUACUCACUGAUAGUGAUAGUCUCCUCAAAUGUUCAGGAAAUUAGAUAUUUGGUGGGGGGAGUUGAAAUCGUUAUAGGAAAUUGUGAAUUUACAGUUAAGAAAUGUUACUUUAUUAAUGGAAUGAAAUUCAACUCCAGAUGAUGAGUUAUGUUGGAGAAACAUGUUUGUUACUUUCUAGAGCUGUUUCUUUUAGAAUUUAUCUGAUCUUAAUACUGAACUGUUUGGAAGCAAGUAAUCAAAAUUCAACUACAAACUGAUUUUUUUGACAAGGCAUAAACAGCCAAAAUUACCUAUUUUCACAAAGAGUGGCUCUAGUAACUUGAUUUCCAUCUUUUUAUCAAUUUCUUUAUGUAUUUAUAAGCUGCACAGUACAAGUUUGAGUGGAGAGAGUCUUAUUUCUAUGCCGAGUUUGGAAAGGAACAAAAACUAACUCCUUUUGUGAGAAUCAAGUUAAUUUGUUUUCAGAAUUGCUUUAUGGGAAAUAGAAAUAAUGGCUACAAUGUUAUGUUUCCUCAAAUGUAAAUCAUAUAUAUUGUAUUUUGAAAUGCUGGAAAUCUAUGGGGGCCACUUUUGCAAGCAGAUUUUGUUUAGUGGGUUCUUGGAUUUUUUGGAGAGAGUGGGUGGGGGUUCUUUUCUUUUGGAAAUCUCGUGAUAAUGUUUCUUUUUCAGUUUGGUUUUUCACAGGGUACAGUUGGUAGUUUAUGAUAUCAGUGUAUUUGCUUGCCUUGUAUACAUUGUAAUUUGUAUUAAUUUAAUAAUCCAUAAAAUUGAUUGCAGAAGUGCACAGCUAAAGAAACUUACAUUUGCUUCUCAAGAAAAUGUUUAUUGGUGCAGAUUUGAUCAACUGACAAGGUGCACAAGUAACGGAAUGAAGCUUUGUUUAAUGAACAAGCUCUCAGUAUUUUAACGUUGGUUUGUUCGGCACAAGCCUUAGAAAUAAAUUAGUUACCUUUCAAAAUUAAAA